ACUCCCUUUUAUUCGUUUAAUCUUUUUUCCAAACAAAUCCCAUAAAUUAUUAACUUAAGAUUUAACAGUUUUCGUAAUGGAGAUGUAUCCAAGUAGCAGCAACGAUUCCGAUUUAGCCAUUUUGGACUCAAUUCGGCGGCAUUUACUGGGUGACUCAUCGGACUUCCGAUUCGAUGCUUCUACCGAUUGUACCGCCGCCGCCGCCGUUCCUCCCAUGUUCUGCAGGAGCUCGAGCUUCAGCCGCUUGUACCCUUGCUUGACUGAAACCUGGGGUGACCUCCCUCUUCAAGAGAACGAUUCCGAGGACAUGCUCGUUUUCGGGUUCCUCCGAGAUGCUUUAACCGUCGGCUGGGCCCCCUCCGACAACUCUUCAAUGAAUUUCCCGCCGGUUAAACCGGAGCCCCAAGAGAUUUUAGUCGAGAGGAAAGUGGAUACGGCUGUUCCCGCCUUGGUUCAGCCCAAAGCGAGACAUUACAGGGGAGUCCGGCAGAGACCGUGGGGGAAGUUCGCGGCUGAGAUAAGAGACCCGGCUAAAAACGGGGCCCGGGUUUGGUUAGGUACUUUCGAGACGGCUGAGGACGCGGCUUUGGCUUAUGAUAAAGCGGCUUAUAGGAUGCGCGGGUCGAGGGCUUUGUUGAAUUUUCCACUGAGGGUGAAUUCCGGGGAGCCUGACCCGGUGAGGGUAACGUCAAAGAGGUCAUCGCCGGAGCCGUCUAAUUCUUCUUCCUCCGGCUCGCCGAAGAGGAGGAGAAAAGUGGCAGCGUCGGCGUCGGCCCAAGCCGAAGUUAAGUAUGAAGUUGGAUCGUGUAAAAAUGAGAAUCAGCUAUUAAUCAGUUAUAGAUGACGUUGUAGUUGAUUU